AUGCCCUCUAACGAAGCGCUCAUUUCUCUGUCGCGGCCCUUCCGUGUCCUUAUCGCCGGCGCCUCAUACGGCGGCCUCUGUGCUGCUCUGACCCUCCUCGACCUCUCACGGGGUCAACUCCCGCGCUUCAACUCCGACCCGGAGGCACAACCGCCUCAAUAUCAAAUCCCGGUCGAGAUCACACUGGUGGAUGAGAAAGACGGAUACUAUCAUUUGAUCAGUUCCCCCAAGGCCCUGGUGGACGAAGAAUACGCCUCUCAGGCUUGGACUAAAUUCGUGGAUAUCCCCGCGCUGCGCUCGCCAAAUGUACACAUCUUUCGUGGCAGUGUAAACGCAGUCGAUUGCCAGAAGAAGACGGCGCGGAUCUUAGAGUCAGAGAGUAAAACUGUUCGUGAAGAGCGGUAUGAUUUCUUUAUUGCGGCGACGGGGCUGCGGAGGGUGUUUCCUACUGUACCGCAGUCGUUGACUAGGGACGACUUUCUGCCGGAGGUGAAGAAGCAUACGGAUAGCAUCGUCAACGCUGGGGAUGUGGUGGUUGUCGGAGGAGGUGCGGUUGGCACUGAAAUGGCCACGGAGCUCAAGCUUCACUAUCCCCAGAUGAAAGUGACGCUUAUCCAUUCGAGAGACCACCUCCUCUCCGCCGAGGCCCUACCGGAUGACUUCAAGGACCGCGUGGCUGCGAUUAUCCGCGAAACAGGGGUAGAGCUGAUCCUCGGUCAACGAGUUAUCGAUACAGCUGCAGUGCAGGAGGGAGAUCGACGAACCUGGCAGCUGACUCUGGCAGACGGACGUAUCAUCAAAACAGGACAUGUUCUGAAUGCCAUCUCCCGAAUUUCAUCCACAACCUCCUACCUGCCGUCAGAAACAUUGAACGAAGAAGGCCAUGUGAAGGUUCAUCCAUCACUGCAAUUCCCAUCCAACACCUCUAACGCCUCCCACCACUUCGCCAUCGGCGACAUCGUCGCCUGGUCUGGUAUCAAACGCUGCGGCGGCGCAAUGCACAUGGGCCAUUAUGCGGGAUACAACAUCCAUCAGCUGAUGCUUGCUGAGUGCGCUGCAACGAAGCCGGUAUUCCGGGAGUUGCAAAGAAUCCCACCCAUGAUUGGGCUGUGUUUGGGGAAGACGGCGAUUUCAUACCACCCAGACGUGGGGAUGAAGGAUGGCGAGGAGACACUGGCGUCCAACUUUGGUGAUGAUAUGGCUUUUAAAAUAUGCUGGAACUAUAUGCGAUUGUCAGAGCCAUGGAAGGUCUGA